GGAGUGUGGUGGAGUCUCCUUCUUUGGAGGUCUUUAAGCAGAGGCUUGACAGCCAUCUGUCAGGAAUGCUUUGAUGGUGUUUCCUGCUUGGCAGGGGGUUGGACUGGAUGGCCCUUGUGGUCUCUUCCAACUCUAUGAUUCCCUUCUACCUCUACAAUUCUAUGAUUCUUCCUUGCCUUUUCUCUAUAGCAGUUUAGCACAUAACCUAAAAUAGAGAUUGUGUUGCUUUGUGACUCACUUUGGGUUCAAGGCAACCCGCUUGCGUUGCCUGGGUCACUGGUUGAAGACCAAUGGACUAGAUUAAUUUUACCUGUCAUAUUAUUAAAAUCCCAUUUAAUAGAUAUUUUGAAACAUAUAUGUCCUCCACAAACUUCUCAUGAGGAAGAAAAAAAUAUUUCAGGUGUGUCGCGAGUUGGCAUACUUAAUUGUUAAGAUCAAAUUUUUAGGCAUACACUUGGUUAAUGCUUUUCCAGCAUAGUUUUUCAUGUCUUCCGUGAAAUAAGAGUAAUUCCUUACCAAUACUUGAAAUUCAGGUCCACUGUUCUCUGGGCUGGGCUGGGCUGGGCAGGGUGGAGGAUCUCAAACCAGAUUCUGUUUCAUGAACCAUUAUUUUCCAUUGAGCUAACAGUUGCUGGCACACCCUUAUGAAAACAGAGCUUGAGACUUUUGUUUGUUUUAAGCAACCUAAGCAUAGAGGUUUGUGUAGCUUUUUGUACAUUUUAAACUUAUUACAGCAUAGUCAUACCUAUAUAGUAAAUCUAUCAAAUAGACUAUCAGAUGACAUUAUGCUGGCAUAUAUACAAUUUACAUGUUACUUGCUAUUUUGGGACUCUUCGAUCACUUUCCAAGCAAGUCACUGUUGGAUGUAUGACUAACUUUACUAGCGCUGAUGAACACUUACUGUAUAAAUUAUAAAAAUAGUAUUGACCUUUAGCAUUUUAAAGACAUCAUUUCUCAUUUCCAUUGCUCUUUUCAAGAAAGUGGCUGAAAUGAGAACUUGUGAUAAAUCCUCAAGAACUUCAUUAAUUGCAUACAGAUCAUCAGCUAACCUGCAGCACAUUUGAACUAUGAUUAGAAGGGAACUGAUCUUAUUGGGGCAGUACUGAAUCUACUGCAUUACAUUUUUGGUAGUACUUCUUGUCUGAAAAGUGAUACUGAUCAUAAUGAAGCCUUUCUCUCUCUCUCUUCCUUCCAGGGUAGUUUUUUUAAAGUGCUCUAAGCAUUCUGAUACAACUAGAAGAAAGAAGAAACGCUUCAUUGAAUGAGAAGUCCAUUGCUUUGAUAGCCUUUUUCUUCAAGAGUGGGUCUUUGAAUGAGGAUGACAAUGGAAGAGAUGAAGAAUGAAGCAGAGACCACUUCUAUGGUUUCCAUGCCUCUCUAUGCUGUUAUGUAUCCUGUCUUUAAUGAGCUAGAACGAGUAAAUCUAUCUGCAGCUCAGACACUCAGAGCAGCUUUUAUUAAGGCUGAGAAGGAAAAUCCAGGUCUCACACAAGAUAUCAUCAUAAAAAUUUUGGAGAAAAAAAGUGUUGAAGUUAACUUUACUGAGUCUCUCCUGCGCAUGGCAGCUGACGAUGUAGAAGAGUAUAUGAUUGAAAGGCCAGAGCCGGAAUUCCAAGACUUAAAUGAAAAGGCACGAGCACUUAAACAGAUUCUCAGUAAGAUUCCAGAUGAAAUCAAUGACAGAGUGAGGUUUCUUCAGACAAUCAAGGACAUCGCCAGUGCAAUAAAGGAACUUCUUGACACAGUAAAUAAUGUCUUCAAGAAAUAUCAAUACCAGAACCGGAGGGCACUUGAGCACCAAAAGAAAGAGUUUGUAAAAUACUCCAAAAGUUUCAGCGACACUUUGAAAACCUAUUUUAAAGAUGGAAAGGCAAUAAAUGUGUUCAUAAGUGCCAACCGACUAAUUCAUCAAACCAACUUGAUACUCCAGACCUUCAAAACUGUGGCCUGAAAAAAAACAAACUGUAUAUGUUGAGAGCUGUACUUUUCAAUGGUGGAUAGGAUACCUUUAUAUGUAAACUUUAAAGUUUUGACUGUAUAAAUUAUCAGUCCUAGUUGAAGGGACCUAUUGCAGGAUUUUGAAUGGGAUUUAUUGCCAUCUUACACCAUAUUUUUGUAAAAACAUUGUAGCUUAAUCAUAAUCUCACAAUGAAGAUUUUGCAUCACUUUUUUGCUAUUAUCAUUCUUUUCAGAAUUAUAAGCCAAAAGAAUUUACGCCUUAAUGUGUCAUUAUGUAACAUUCCUUAUAAGAAUUGUAAAUAUUUGGUGUUCUGUUUCUGACAUUUUAACUUGAAAGCAAAAAAAACAAACAAAAAACAAAAAAACUGCAAGAUGAUGUAUUUAACGAUAUUGGUGGCAAAUAUUCAAUAAAUAGUUUACAUCUGUUAGAUUAUCUGUAUAA